AUGCAUGUGCUCAUUGAAAUCCUCACAACAGCCCUAUGGGUCGGACGGGUAGAAGCUAUUAAUCAUUCCCAUUUUACAGAGAAUUAUGAUGACUUGUACCAUUGGUCAGUUGAAUCUUAUUCAGACUUCUGGGCUGAGUUCUGGAAAUUCAGUGGAAUUGUUUUCUCACGCAUGUAUGAUGAGGUUGUGGACACAUCUAAAGGGAUUGCAGAUGUCCCCGAGUGGUUCAGAGGCAGUCGCCUGAACUAUGCAGAAAACCUCCUGUGGCACAAAGAGAAUGACAGAGUUGCCCUUUAUGUUGCAAGGGAAGGCAAAGAGGAAAUUGUGAAGGUGACUUUUGAAGAGUUGAGGCAACAGGUGGCUUUGUUUGCAGCAGCCAUGAGGAGAAUGGGUGUGAAAAAGGGAGACCGGGUCGUGGGUUAUUUACCCAAUAGCGUGCACGCAGUGGAGGCGAUGCUGGCCACAACGAGUAUCGGUGCCAUCUGGAGCUCCACAUCUCCAGACUUCGGUGUGAAUGCUGCAUCUGUUCUGGGGCAGGCCCCUGCACUGGGCAUUGGUCAGUGCAGCCCAGCAGCUGAGGGACUACCAGACUUGAAAAAAGUGGUGGUGAUUCCUUAUGUUACCUCUAGGGAGAAGAUAGACAUUUCGAAGAUUCCAAAUAGCAUAUUCCUGGAUGAUUUUCUUGCAUCCAGGGCAGGUCAGCCAGCCCCCCAGCUGGAGUUCGAGCAGCUGCCUUUCAGCCACCCUCUCUUCAUUAUGUUCUCGUCGGGCACGACUGGAGCGCCCAAAUGCAUGGUGCAUUCUGCGGGGGGGACCCUCAUCCAGCAUCUGAAGGAGCAUGUGCUUCACAGUGACAUGACCAGCAGUGACAUUCUCUUGUACUACACCACGGUCGGCUGGAUGAUGUGGAACUGGAUGGUGUCCGCUCUCGCCACGGGAGCGUCUGUGGUCUUGUAUGACGGCUCCCCCCUGGUCCCGACGCCCAACGUGCUUUGGGACCUGGUUGACAGGAUAGGCAUCACCAUCUUGGGAACAGGUGCCAAGUGGCUGUCCGUGCUCGAAGAUAAAGAUAUGAAGCCAGUGGAAACCCACAAUCUCCAGACACUUCGCAUGAUCCUGUCUACAGGGUCCCCCCUGAAAGCUCAAAGCUAUGAGUACGUCUACAAAAACAUCAAGAGCAGCGUUCUGCUGGGCUCCAUAUCAG